AGUGAAAGCCUCAUCAAAUAGUGGACCAUAACUUUUAAUUUCAUUUCAAUUUGCAAAAUACACCUAUUACUAUUAUUAUUUAUUUAUUUAUUUAUUUAUUUAAUUUGUUUCUUCAUCAUUCUUCUCCAUCAGAAAAAAGAAGCCCUCAUUUUCCAUCUCCUCUGAUUCAGUUUUUCUCAAUCACUCUUUGCAAAAAUCGCUGCUUCCGAAAAAAACUCCAAGAAAAAAGGGAAAAAAAAACCCCUAAAUCCCCAAAUCGAAUUCGGGUCGGGUCUGGUCGAAUGAAGUGAGAGAUGGGUGCAGCAGGUUCAAAACUGGAGAAAGCACUUGGUGACCAAUUCCCUGAAGGAGAGCGUUAUUUUGGUCUUGAGAAUUUUGGCAAUACUUGUUAUUGUAACAGCGUUCUUCAGGCUCUAUAUUUCUGUGUUCCAUUUCGAGAACAGCUACUGGAUUAUUAUUCAAAUAACAAAAAUCUUGCUGACGUGGAUGAAAAUCUCUUGACAUGCCUUGCUGACCUGUUUAUGCAGAUAAGCUCGCAAAAGAAGAAAACUGGGGUCAUUGCUCCCAAGCGCUUUGUACAGAGAUUGAAGAAGCAGAAUGAGAUUUUCCGCAGUUAUAUGCAUCAGGACGCACACGAAUUUUUGAACUAUUUGCUGAACGAACUGGUUGACAUACUGGAGAAAGAAGCCAGUGCUGCUAAAAGUGAUCAAGAAACUUCUUCCCCAACAGAAAAGAUUGCAAAUGGACCUACCAGUGUUCGUGCUAAUGGUGUUAAAAAGGAGCCUCUGGUUACAUGGGUGCACAAAAAUUUCCAGGGUAUACUCACAAAUGAAACGAAGUGCUUGCGUUGUGAGACUGUAACUGCAAGAGAUGAGACAUUUCUAGAUUUGAGCCUUGACAUUGAACAGAACAGUUCAAUAACUAGCUGCCUGAAGAAUUUUAGUUCCACAGAGACUUUGAAUGCAGAGGAUAAGUUCUUCUGCGACAAGUGUUGCAGCUUGCAGGAAGCUCAGAAGAGGAUGAAGAUUAAAAAGCCCCCUCACAUCCUAGUUAUCCAUUUGAAGCGAUUUAAGUACAUUGAACAGCUUGGUCGGUAUAAGAAGCUCUCGUACCGCGUUGUCUUCCCACUUGAGCUAAAGCUGAGCAAUACAGUUGAGGAUGCAGAUGCCGAGUAUUCCUUAUUCGCUGUAGUAGUCCAUGUUGGGAGUGGACCAAACCAUGGACACUACGUCAGCCUUGUGAAGAGUCACAACCACUGGUUGUUCUUUGAUGAUGAGAAUGUUGAGAUGAUUGAUGAGUCGGCUGUUCAAACAUUCUUUGGCUCAGCUCAAGAGUAUUCCAGCAAUACAGAUCACGGAUACAUCUUAUUUUACGAGAGAGUCUCCAAUGGAAGCACUAGUUAGUAGCAUAAUGAGUUUAGUUUAUUUCCAAUUUUGAACUCAAUUUCUCCCUCUAAUGAUCAAUUUUAUUAUUUGCUACUUUCCUUGUAGUUUCUUCAGAAAUUUUCUAGUGAGUUGACAUGAAAUGUGAAGAAUACAUAUCUAGGUUGCUGCCUUGUACAGUGGAUGGUGAAAGCUUUGCCGUCUAUAUCUCCAACAAUAAAAGGUUAAAAGGAUAUGAAGUGUGUGUGAUACUUGAGUUGAGGAAA